GAUAUUUAUGAAAGAAACCAGGAAGAAAACAGGUCCUUUAAAAUAACUUUUAGAUGUUGACUUAAAUCAAAAUUAAGUUUGCAUUUUACGCAGUUCUGAUCACGACAUUUAAACUCAUCGUAUAAAUCAGUGAAAAGUAUUUUCACAUUCAGAUUGUAAAACAUCUAUCUACUGGAGCGAAACGCGAUUACAUCAAAAUACAGUAUAAUUAAUGAAAACAAAAAUGUCUACAUCGGACGAAGAAAUACUUCAGCGACUUAAUUAUGAAGAAGCUAAACAAUACGUCGGAGGUGUUGUGUUUGUGACUUUAAUCAUGAUUGCUGGUGUUGUUGGCAACCUCCACGUUCUCUUUGUGUACGCCUUCCGUAUCAAGCCUUCCAACCAUCGAGUGUUUAUUUUGACGCUAGGGGUGCUGGAUUUCACAACGUGUGUCAUCGGGAUGCCGUUUAUUCUGGUGGAUCUAAGGCAUCCACUGACGUUCACGCUCAUAGCUGCUUGUAAGCUGCUGCGGUUCGUCAAUUACUUCAUCUGCAUGUCAUCUGGACUCCUAUUGGUUGUCAUCGCUAUUGACAGGUACAGAAAAAUCUGCGUUCCAUUUGGUCGCCAGAUGUCACUCACACAGGCCAAGAUUUCUUGCGCCGUCGUUUUGGGCGUGUCGCUUCUGAUAUCUUGGCCAGCCCCUGUGCUCUAUGGGCGUGAUACUAUUGUGACGUCAGAUGUAAACAUCAACGGCACGCGGUGCUACGAAGAGGACCGAUUCCACGGCACCAAAUACAUGGCCUACUUCAACGCCCUGUUAAUCCUCGUCUUCUUUUCAGCGUUGAUUAUUCUAGCUGUGCUCUACUCUUUGAUAUGGCGAAAAAUUAAGAACCAUAGUGCCACCAAGAAGAAAUUCAGCCAGAAAGAAACUGAAUCAGGAACAAGUACAGCCAUGUCGGUAGUGACAACUUCAGGCAGCAAUAGUUGUUCUAAAGGCGAAAAGAAUGACGUAUCCAGUGAUGAAAACAUUCCUGAAAAAGUUGUGUCCAAAGGCAACAAUGUGCUUCACCACUCAGCAAAAUGCAGCGAAGGGAAUGAUCAGAGGGCCAGUCGAACUACCGUCAUGUUCCUCCUCAUAACAGCCGUGUUUUUGCUUAGCUAUUUCCCUCAUCUGUUGUUGAAGAUCAUAACAUUCCUUAACAAGGGUUUUGUGGAAAACAUGACUUUUACGGGUAAAGUGUUUUAUAACACGUUCAUCUGGUGCUUUUUCAUUAACAACAUGGCGAAUGCGUUCAUCUACGGGUUUUUUGACAGACGGUUUAGGUCUGAAGUGAAGAGCAUGUAUUCCAAACUGUUUUCAUAUGGAAAGAAAUAAAAUGUGUGCAUGCUUACCAUUUCAUUGUAAACAUUUCUUUGCCACGUGUUCAUUCAUUUCAUAUAAAUGUAAAUUAACUCAUAAACUCUUCAAAAUCUAUCAUUGGCAUUUUUAUGUAUUGGCAUACAUUAAUAUUUGAUUUGAGAAAUCCGGAAGCUUUCUUUUGUCUUGGACGAAUAUGAGGUGGCAUGUUAUUAAACGUUGCUUACUGACGAAGCCCAUGGUUAAAAACAUUAUUAUAUGAUAAACAAUAAAAACUCUUUGUAACACUUCGACAUAGCGGAACAUCGAGAUAUCAGAGUUCGACAUUGAAUUUCACAUCUUGUUACAUAAGUAUGCAUUUAGCCCGCCCUUUGGUCUACAGUGUAGUCAUACACUUUCAGGAUUUAACACCAAUCAUUAUGACCAAGUUAUAUUUUGAAAUACUUUUCGAAAGGUUUUGAAGCGGAUGAGUUUCGCUAGAAAGGCUAUGACAACCUAAACACCUAAACACUUCACUUCCUUCAAACUGUUCUCAUUUUUGUACAUGUUAUUGUGGUAAAGCUUUUACUUUGUAAGUUAUUGGUACCGCAGCCACACAGUGACGCAGUGACACAGUGAUUAUGAUCAGAAGUACCAAAAGGAAGAUAACAAUU